AUGGGGGUUGAAGGGGCUAGGCAGAUACAACAUUUUAGCCAUGAACAUGAUUUAAUUCUUAGCAAUGAGGAGCUCAUGAAAGAUGAGCUUUGUGAUGGUUGUGUUCAACUAAUCUCUACCCCAUUUUACAGUUGUACGCAAUGCAAUUUCCUUCUCCAUAGUAGAUGUGCUCAGCUACCAAGAAACAAGUGGCAUCCACUUCAUCCACAUUCGCUCAUCCUCAUUAGCAUACGGUCAAAGUAUUAUUUUGCAUCGUUCUCAUGUAAGGCUUGUCAACGUCUCAGCAAUGGUUUCAGCUAUGUAUGUGGAACGUGUUAUUUUGGCUUUGACCUUCAAUGUUGUUCAAUUCCGAAAACCAUGAAACAUGAAGGCCACCAACACUCUCUCUCCCUCGCGGUUGAUUCUAAUAGAAGAUGUCAUGUUUGUAAUGUCACUUCUAAUGACAAACCUUGCAUGUUGGUAUGUACUUAUUGCGAUUUUGCCUUGGGUUUCGAAUGUGCAACUCUUCCGCUCGAAGCUAGGCACAAAGAUGAUGAUCAUCUCCUCAAGCUCACCUACAAUGCUGAAGCUUAUUGCGAAGAAUACUAUUGUCUAAUUUGUGAAAAGAAAAGAGAUCCGAAACAAUGGUUUUAUUAUUGUACCGAAUGCGACUUUCCUGCUCAUUCCCAAUGCGUUUUAGGAAAAUAUCCAUGCAUUAAGUUUGGAAGUACUUUCACAUCCAAAGAUUAUCAUUGGCUCCCUUCCAAUUUUGUCCCAGAGACUUGA